AAAAAAAAAAAAAAACCCAACAACUUAGCGGAAACUUCUCAGAGAAUGCUCCAAAACUCAGCAGUGCUUCUGGUGCUGGUGAUCAGUGCUUCUGCAACCCAUGAGGCGGAGCAGAAUGACUCUGUGAGCCCCAGGAAAUCCCGAGUGGCGGCUCAAAACUCAGCUGAAGUGGUUCGCUGCCUCAACAGUGCUCUACAGGUUGGCUGCGGGGCUUUUGCAUGCCUGGAAAACUCCACCUGUGACACAGAUGGGAUGUAUGACAUCUGUAAAUCCUUCUUGUACAGCGCUGCUAAAUUUGACACUCAGGGAAAAGCAUUCGUCAAAGAGAGCUUAAAGUGCAUCGCCAACGGGGUCACCUCCAAGGUCUUCCUCGCCAUUCGGAGGUGCUCCACGUUCCAAAGGAUGAUUGCUGAGGUGCAGGAAGAGUGCUACAGCAAGCUGAACGUGUGCAGCAUCGCCAAGCGGAACCCCGAAGCCAUCACUGAGGUCGUCCAGCUGCCCAAUCACUUCUCCAACAGAUACUAUAACAGACUUGUCCGAAGCCUGCUGGAAUGUGAUGAAGACACAGUCAGCACAAUCAGAGACAGCCUGAUGGAGAAAAUUGGACCUAACAUGGCCAGCCUCUUCCACAUCCUGCAGACAGACCACUGUGCCCAAACACACCCACGAGCUGACUUCAACAGGAGACGCACCAAUGAGCCGCAGAAGCUGAAAGUCCUCCUCAGGAACCUCCGAGGUGAGGAGGACUCUCCCUCCCACAUCAAACGCACAUCCCAAGAGAGUGCAUAACCAGGGAGAGGUUAUUCACAACCUUGCCAAACUAGUAUCAUUUUAGGGGUGUUGACACACCAAUUUUGAGUGUACUGUGCCUGGUUUGAUUUUUUUAAAGUAGUUCCUAUUUUCUAUCCCCCUUAAAGAAAAUUGCAUGAAACUAGGCUUCUGUAAUAAAUAUCCCAACAUUCUACAAUGGCAGCGUUCCCACCAACAAAAUCCAUGUGAUCAUUCUGCCUCUCCUCAGGAGAAAGUACCCUCUUUUACCAACUUCCUCUGCCAUGUUUUUUCCCCUGCUCCCCUCAGACCACCCCCAAAUACAAAACAUUCAUGUAACUCUCCAGCCAUUGUAAUUUGAAGAUGUGGAUCCCUUUAGAACGGUUGCCCCAGUAGAGUUAGCUGAUAAGAAAACUUUAUUUAAAUGCAUGUCUUAAAUGCUCAUAAAGAUGUUAAAUGGAAUUCGUGUUAUGAAUCUGUGCUGGCCAUGGACGAAUAUGAAUGUCACAUUUGAAUUCUUGAUCUCUAAUGAGCUAGUGUCUUAUGGUCUUGAUCCUCCAAUGUCUAAUUUUCUUUCCGACACAUUUACCAAAUUGCUUGAGCCUGGCUGUCCAACCAGACUUUGAGCCUGCAUCUUCUUGCAUCUAAUGAAAAACAAAAAGCUAACAUCUUUAUGUACUGUAACUGCUCAGAGCUUUAAAAGUAUCUUUAACAAUUGUCUUAAAACCAGAGAAUCUUAAGGUCUAACUGUGGAAUAUAAAUAGCUGAAAACUAAUGUACUGUACAUAAAUUCCAGAGGACUCUGCUUAAACAAAGCAGUAUAUAAUAACUUUAUUGCAUAUAGAUUUAGUUUUGUAACUUAGCUUUAUUUUUCUUUUCCUGGGAAUGGAAUAACUAUCUCACUUCCAGAUAUCCACAUAAAUGCUCCUUGUGGCCUUUUUUAUAACUAAGGGGGUAGAAGUAGUUUUAAUUCAACAUCAAAACUUAAGAUGGGCCUGUAUGAGACAGGAAAAACCAACAGGUUUAUCUGAAGGACCCCAGGUAAGAUGUUAAUCUCCCAGCCCACCUCAACCCAGAGGCUACUCUUGACUUAGACCUAUACUGAAAGAUCUCUGUCACAUCCAACUGGAAAUUCCGGGAACCAAAAAGAUCAUCCCUAUGGGCUUGGACCACUUACAGUGUGAUAAGGCCUACUACACAUUAGGAAGUGGCAGUUCUUUACUCGUCCCCUUUCAUCGGUGCCUGGUACUCUGGCAAAUGAUGAUGGGGUGGGAGACUUUCCAUUAAAUCAAUCAGGAAUGAGUCAAUCAGCCUUUGGGUCUUUAGUCCGGGGGACUUGGGGCUGAGAGAGUAUAAAUAACCCUGGGCUGUCCAGCCUUAAUAGACUUCUCUUACAUUUUCGUCCUGUAGCACGCUGCCUGCCAAAGUAGUCCUGGCAGCUGGGCCAUCUCUGUAGG